AUGGAACCUCUCUAUCCGUUCAACUUGUUUGACGGCUUAGAAGCCCACCCAAUACUUCCACCUCCUGCAGCCAUAACCAAACGUCGUCUGAGGCAAAAAGCUAUACAACUUCAAACCCAAUCUUCAAGCGACUCUGAAUCAUCCAAUUUGUCAGAGUUUGAUAAUGGACAGGGCAGUCCGGCAUCCGCGAUGCCAUGCACUACUGCCAGAUUUGAAGUCACACCAGAGACGGAUGAGACUCCUACCGACGCAACUUCAAGAUCUAGCAAGCCGCCCUCUCUACCAAGUAGAUCCAGCCCAACAAUUGUCAAUCCAUCAUCCAGCCCAACUCCAGAGGUUGAGGAGGCGCCUCCCAAGCCAGCUAGAAAGAUUAUGCCAAGAAAAAGAACAGUGCCAUAUGUUGGAACGGCGGAAAUGGACAGACCCGAUGAAGAGAGUUCUGUACCCCCCCAGUUAAGCCAAAACCAACUAGAAGGAUUCAACCUAGGAAAAAAACAAAGCCCUACUCAGAUCCACUUGACACAGUGGAAGAAGAUGGAGUCCAAAUAA